AUAUCAUUGAUAAAUUUCAGAUAAAAAUGGCUGGAUUGGAUUUCAACUAUGUAGGUUUAGUGCAAGAAAAAUGCACCAAGAAGGGACUACCAAAUCCAGUUUAUACGGAUGGUGCCGUAUCCGGGUUGGAUCACUCAAAACAGUUUGUCAUAAGUUGUAAGUUGGGUACAAUACUAGAAAGCGGAGAGGGGUCUACUAAGAAGGAAGCUAAGAGGAACGCAGCCAAGAAGGUUUAUGAGAAGUUGGAAGAGGGGGAUGUGGCCAUCUUUUCUACGGAAAUAUCUACUCUAAGUAUUGAUGCGAAGGAUAUUAUUGAGAAGGUUUCAUCUUUUACUGGUUUAACUGUUGAGGUUAUGACCGUGGAAGCUGCAGAGAAGGUUGCAAGUUUCUACAGAAGCCUGAGGAAUGCAAGCGGACCAAAGAUAUCUGAACUGCAGUCCAAACCUGACUCGACUAGUAGUGAUAAAGAGUUCUGGAAAAUAUUAUCUGAAGUUGCUGCUGAACAAAACUUCAAGGUGGACUACACUGAGAUAGAGGAGGGGUCGGACGAAGAUGAAGCUCAGUGUAUGAUUAGAGUUGGAGAUCUCCCGGCAACAAUCACCUUCGGUCUAGGAAAGGACAAGGAGAUGGCUAGGAACGAGGCUGCCAGGGCUGCUCUACAGUACAUGAGAAUUCUGGUUUCACAGCUGAGUUAGAAACUAGGAUUCUGUAUUCCGACUUCAGAGCAUGUAAACAGACUCAUCUGUUCUAUCAAUAAAUGUAAAAAUUAUCCGUUGAUUCUGUAUUCCGACUUCAGAGCAUGUAAGCAGACUCAUCUGUUCUAUCAAUAAAUGUAAAAAUUAUCCGUGAUUCUGUAUUCCGACUUCAGAGCAUGUAAGCAGACUCAUCUGUUCUAUCAAUAAAUGUAAAAAUUAUCCGUUGAUUCUGUAUUCCGACUUCAGAUCAUGUAAACUGACUCAUCUGUUCUAUCAAUAAACGUAAAAAUUA